AUGCGGGAACUAGAACAGCAGCUUGCCAUGUCUCGGGCUGCUCACGAGGAGACACAACAGACUUUUGCUAUCCAAGCGCAGGAAUCUGAGACUACAUAUCGCGAGAAGCUGUCGCAACUCGAGAAUGACUAUCAGUCCGCCGUCCACUACGUCAAGGGUAGCGAGAAAAUGCUUAAGCAGCUAAAGGAUCAGCUUGCACGAUACAAGUCUGAGAAUUCUCGCCUCAAGGAGGAUCUUGUUGAAUUGGAGGACAAGGGCUCUUCUCCUGCUGACUGGGAAGCCGAACGCAGCGCUUUGCAGCAGAAGGUCACGGACUUGCAAGAAGAGGUCAAGGCAUCUUCCGCACAACUAGAGAAGCAGUUGUUGACGGUGCGACAAGAGCUUGCGGAUGCCAGGCGCGCUAAGGACGAGGCUGUGAAGACCAACGAGGCAGCGACUUCGCUUCUGACCAACAGCCGCAAGGAUCUCGAGCAGCUACAACAAGAGAACGCGCUGCUUGAGCGCCGAGCUCAAGACGCCGAGCAAAAGGUAUCGCUCCUACUCGAUCAGGUCGAGACCUCGGUCGGCAAUUAUCGCCGGCGUAGCAGACAAGUUCUCAGCAUGACAUCGGACCAGCUUAUGCCAACUACCACCAAAAGCUCUACGAACUCCUCAAGCAAUGGCGCCAAUGGCACCAGUGCUGGACACAUUAGACAAGAAAGCUCAGAUGCUGAAUCAGCAUACGGUGGUCUGAGUGAAGCAAGAAACAGCGCUGCCCUUGAUAAUCUUGCAAACGAGCUAGAGACGCUCCGCAGCCACUGGGAGGCGACAAACAAAAACUAUCGCCUGAGCAACACGUUCGAUUUCGAUACAGGAGCCACACCUACAGCCAAGAAGGCUGACAAGGAGAACGACGAGAACGGCCUGGGUCUUAGCGAGAGCCUGGCGGAUUGGAGGAAGCGCCUUGAUGACUGA